GGUGUCGUGCCCAGUAUUGAUACUCCAUGCCGAAGAUGACCACAUUAUUCCGCCACAUUUAGCUCGGAAAUUGCGUGAUUGCGCAGUACAUGCCAAACGUGAUGUUACUUAUGUGGAAUUUGAUGCGCACCGACAUUUUCGACAUAAAUACAUCCAUUUGGCUCCUGAACUUCCUGAAAUUGUUAUGUUAGUU